GGAACGGCACGCGAAUCUACAUAUACCCAGGAAAUACUUUGGAAAUCUCUGGUCUUUGAAUACGUACGAGUGCAAAAUGUCUUCAACUGCGGUAACAGUAAGUCUUGAGGAUUUGAAGAAUGGUAAGUAAUAUGAAAUACACCCCCACUUACUUAUGUACAUCCACUAACUCAUACCAGGCAAGGUCCCCUUCUCAACUCUCGAAGCAGCCUUUGGACCAGACUCGCUAGGGAUAAUAAUCGUCAAAGACGUCCCUUCAGAAUUCGUGGAGCUCCGUCACCGUCUCCUCUCCUAUUCUUCCUAUCUUGGAAACCUUCCUUCAUCUUCACUAGGUAACUCUCAUCCAUGAACUCAAAAGCCCUGACUAACCCGCUACUGCAAUAGAUAAACUCGAAAACCCAACAGCAAAAUACCUGACAGGCUGGUCUUUGGGAAAAGAGACUCUGAAAAACGGCCAAGUAGAUACCCUUAAAGGCUCAUUCUACGCCAACUGCGCCUUCUACGUCGACCCCUCACUCUCCUGCGCGAAACCCACAGCAGAUUUCUCACCAGACAACUUCCCCGAAUAUCUCUCUGCCAAUCUAUGGCCCGGCGAGGACGUAUUGCCAGGAUUCAAAGCCACCUUUGAAGAACUAUGUAAGCUAAUCAUCAACACGGGAGUUCUUGUCGCGAAAGCAUGUGAUUCCUAUGCAGAGCGUGAGAUAGAGGGGUAUACAAAGGGCUAUCUAGAACAUGUUGUGAAGACGAGUACUACCACCAAGGCUCGACUUUUGCAUUAUUUCCCGGCGGUGGAGAAGGAGGGAGAGAAAGAGGAGAAUGAAGAUGAUUGGUGUGCGACGCAUUUGGAUCAUGGGUGUUUGACGGGGUUGACUUCUGCUAUGUUUGUGGAUGACACGAGUGAAGUUCCUGUUGUUCCUGUAAGUCCAAGAUCACCAAAUAAAUAACAACUAAAACGGAUUGAAGAAUGGGAUACUAACACAAACCAGACAACAACCUCCUCCCACCUCCCUGCUCUAACCGAGCUCCCGGCAUCCCCCGAUCCAACAGCAGGCCUCUACAUCCGCUCCCGCUCCGGCGCCACAGUUCAAGUCAAGAUCCCUCGUGACAGCAUCGCCUUCCAAACCGGCGAGGCACUAGAACGCAUCACGAAAGGGAAAUUCAAAGCUGUACCUCAUUAUGUGCGUGGCGUUCGACCUGGAUUUGGGGGUAAGGAGAAGGAAGGUCAUAGGAUUGCGAGGAAUACACUUGCUGUGUUUACCCAGCCUAAUUUGGGGGAGGUGGUGGAUGUUGAACAGAACAUUACUUUUGGUGAAUUUGCGAGGGGGGUGGUAGAGAAGAAUACUACGAAGUAAGGUAGAAAGGGGAUGUGGAUUGGUUGUUAUUCUUGAUUUUGUGUCUUUUGUGAGGUUUGUCUAUUAGGUAGAGUGGAGAUUUGAAUUCUACCACGGGUGAGAAUCGCCAGUUUGGGGAUUGAGAAUCUUAAUGUCAUAUACCUUC